UGCAAAUGAAGCUUGUUCUAUAAUAGAUCCAAAUUGGGAAGUUACAAAUGAUUCAAAUUCAACAAUAUUUUGUCCUUUAAUAUUACAAGACACUGUAAUAGAACUUGUAGUAAUGUAUUCAACUCAUUAUAUAUUAUUGCCAAAAUUAGAUAGCACUUUUACUACAAAUUCAACUGAAAUCUGA